AUUUCCGAUUCGGCAGAACAUUUCCGGUGACGCUUACCUCCAUCUUGUUACUUUUCAAUAUCCAAAAAGUCAAACACAAUGGCCGAUACAGAGAACGCUGAUGAACUUCUGGACUACGACGAGGAGGAGACUGAACAGGCUGGGGAUGCAGCUGGUGAUGCUGUGGUCAAGAAAGAUGUGAAGGGAACGUAUGUGUCCAUCCAUAGUUCAGGAUUCAGAGAUUUCCUACUCAAGCCAGAAUUGCUGAGAGCUAUUGUGGACAGGGGAUUUGAGCAUCCUUCAGAAGUUCAGCACGAAUGCAUACCACAGGCCAUUCUGUCAAUGGAUGUGCUUUGUCAGGCCAAAUCUGGUAUGGGUAAAACUGCCGUGUUUGUUCUCGCCACUCUGCAACAGCUGGAGCCAGUUGAUGGACAGGUGUCUGUAUUGGUGCUUGCCCACACCAGAGAGCUGGCCUUCCAGAUCAGUCAGGACUAUGAGAGGUUCAGCAAGUACAUGGGCAGUGUCAAGAUUGCUGUCUUCUUCGGCGGUAUGCCAGUUAAGAAAGAUGAAGAGGUCCUUAGCAAGAACUGCCCCCAUAUUGUUGUUGGUACCCCUGGCAGACUUCUGGCCCUUAUAAAAUCUAAGGCGCUGAAUCUGAAAAAUGUGAAGCACUUCAUCCUGGAUGAAUGCGAUAAAAUGCUCUGUGAGCUGGACAUGCGCAAGGAUGUGCAAGAGAUCUUCAGGAUGACGCCUCAUGAGAAGCAGGUCAUGAUGUUCAGCGCCACUCUCAGUAAAGACAUCCGACCAAUCUGCAAGAAGUUCAUGCAAGAUCCCAUGGAGGUGUUCGUGGAUGACGACUCUAAGCUUACCCUGCACGGUCUCCAGCAACAUUACGUCAAGCUGAAGGACAACGAGAAGAACAGGAAACUGUUUGAACUGCUUGAUGUGCUGGAAUUCAACCAGGUGAUAAUCUUUGUGAAGAGUGUGCAGCGGUGUAUGGCCUUGGCCCAGCUUCUCCAUGAACAGAACUUCCCUGCCAUCGCCAUCCAUCGGGCCAUGACACAGGAGGAAAGAUUGUCGAGAUACCAGCAGUUCAAGGAUUUCCAGAAGCGAAUCUUGGUAGCCACGAACCUGUUUGGGCGUGGCAUGGACAUUGAGCGGGUCAACAUCGUCUUUAAUUAUGACAUGCCAGACGACUCUGAUACCUACCUUCACAGGGUUGCAAGAGCUGGCAGAUUUGGAACAAAGGGUCUUGCGAUCACGUUUGUGUCAGAUGAGACUGAUGCCAAGGUCCUGAAUGAUGUACAAGAGCGAUUUGAGGUCAACAUCUCGGAACUGCCCGAUGAAAUCGACAUCUCCUCUUACAUCGAGGGACGUUGAGAAGUCCUGUUCAGGAAUCAUUGGAGGGCAACUAACUCGUAUCAUUGGCAUUGAGACCAUUUAGAUAUCAUGUGUUAAACUCUUGUGUAAAUAUUCCCAUAAAACUACAUUGUGAUAGAUCUCUGGGACUGUCAUCAUGUUAUUUGUCUCGGAUUUUUUUAAGUCUUAAAUAUGAUCCAGGGGAGAUCGGACUAUCCUAACUGUUGGAUGAAAAUCAUAGUCAUUUAAAUUGAUGUCACAUAAUCAUGAUACGAAACGAAGAACUUUAAAUUUAAAUGAAUGCAUCCAGUGUUUGGUGUUAAUUUUGUAAUUUAGAAUUAUAAAUGUAACAAACUAGUUCAACUGAAAUUGGUUAACUAAAUUUUUGUACAUAUCGAGUUAAUUUAUAGAUGUUUCCAUUGAUUGUCAUUUUUAAAGAUUAAAUGCAAAUUCUGUUAUAGUAGUACCAAGUAUAUUGUCACACUCCGUCAAUUUAUUUUAUGAAUCCAUUAUCAUUGGUUUUAAACAUGCUAGCAUAUGUAUGCUGUUUCAUAUUCUGUCAUUUUGUAAUAAUAUUGUGUUUGACUUGAAAGAAUAAACGACUUUAAAUAUCAAUAA